AUGCAGUUGUCAAAUCACUGUAGAGAGGCAGAUCAUUUAGAUGAAAGAUGGUCUGACGCAAUCAAGAAGGCAGCACGCACCGUGCAGUCCACUCAGAUUAUGAGCACACCCAAUAGAGACGUAUGGAGAAUAAACGCAAUGGAGACGGAGAAUGUUAUGUUGGGUGCAAUCAUCAAUGCUCAGGGUCAGAAGAAGAAGAAACAC